AUGGAGUUCAGCAACAAAUCUAGUUCUAACUUUGAGGAUUUCCAAAGCAACAUGUCGGCUACUUCUGGGUUAUAUGCGUUCGUUGAUCCAGCCAAUGAGUCAAAUGAUUUGGAGUUAUUUUUGGACCAACCAAGAUCAAUGCAUCAUCAUCCUCCUGUAUCAAAUACUUUUAAUGAUAGUGACCACAUUACAUCGAUCACCUCCUAUUCGAGUGCAACAGAUGGCCCUCAGUUCUGCGACCUCAGUAGCAAUGCGGCACCAGAUUGGUAUGGCACCAGUGUGGCAGACUAUUCUAAUAACAGUUGGAUCAACUCAGGUAUAACCAUCAACUACUUAAACAAGCUGUUGAUGGACGAGGACAAUGACGACAAGGUAAAAUUACAUCAUGGAGAGCACGCCCUUAGAGCUAUGGAAGAGCCUUUCUAUAGAAUUCUUGGACAAAACAAUCCAGCUUAUCCUGAGUUACCAUCACUUUGUAGCUGUGGUCAUCUGAAUAACCUCGAUGACAGCAUCAACAAGUCUUCCGGGUUGUCAUGCAGUAGCUGCUCUGUUGCUAUUGACUCCAGUAAUAAUCAUUCUAAUCACAACUUGCAAGCUUUUGAAGCUCCAUGGAGUUUGUCUGACAUAGUCAAAGAGACAAAACGUUCCACUGAAGGUACACGAAACAUGGAGCUUGGUGUGAAAAUUGAUGGCCUCUCAAUAGCUGAAAAGCGUAGGCGAGAUAAUCAGUCACUUCAGGUAAAUGCUGCAGAUACGAGCAAGCAUGCAUCAUCUGAGGUUCACAGUGGAUAUUACUCGCGUACUGAAGAUUCUUAUUUGUUAGAAGCAAGGAGUAGCAAGCAGGUUGCCUUUUCAUUCAAUGGGCCAACCCGAGAUGAGGUGUUUGACAGGGUUCUACUCUUCUCUGAGCAUAAACCUACGGAUGAAGCUAUUGUUUUGCAAGAAAUGAUAACAAACAAAUCAACCGGACAUUCACAGAAUGAACAAGGAAGAACAUCAGCACGGCGGAAGACACGAGGAAAGAAUCAACAGAAGAAAGAGGUGGUGGAUCUAAGAACCAUUCUUAUCCAUUGUGCACAAGCAGUAUCUGUGAAUAACCAUACCUUAGCAAAUGACAUGCUGAACAUAAUAAGGCAACAUUCCUCAAUAACUGGGGAUGAUACCCAGAGGCUAGCAUUUUGUCUAGUGGACUGCCUUGAGGCGCGAUUAGCUGGAACUGGGAGUCAUCUGUAUCGCAACUUGGUCACUAAAGUCAUCAAUCCUGUGGGCAUUUUAAAGGUAUUCCAGUUGUAUUUAGCGGUAAAUCCUUUACUGAGGGCAUCAUUUUAUUUCUCAAAUAAGACAAUCCUUGAUGUCUCGAAGGGAAAAUCUAAGGUGCACAUUAUCGAUUUUGGCAUUUGCUUUGGUUAUCAAUGGCCAUCACUGUUUGAGCAACUCGCAAAGAGGGAAGAUGGGCCUCCUAAGGUUCGGAUCACAGGUAUUGAGCUACCAAAGCAAGGAUUUCGACCAAAUCAAAUGAAUAAGCAGAACACGGGACAGCGAUUAGCUGAUUAUGCUAGCAUGUUCAAUGUGCCUUUUGAAUAUCAAGCAAUAUCAUCAAAGUGGGAAACCAUAUGUAUAGAAGAUCUCAACAUUGCGGAAGAUGAUGUGCUGAUAGUCAACUGCAUACACCGAAUGAAGAAUCUGGGUGAUGAGACAGUAUCCAUAAACAGUGCAAGGAAUAGGGUUCUCAAUACAAUUAGAAUGAUGAAGCCAAAAGUUUUUGUGCAUGGAAUAGAGAAUGGAUCAUACGGUACCCCCUUCUUUUUAACACGUUUUAAAGAAGUCAUGUACCACUACUCUGCAUUAUUUGAUAUCUGUGAUAAAACUGUUCCACGAGAUAAUGAGACAAGAAUGUUCAUAGAGAGGGGCAUCUUUCAGUGCCAACUUCUCAAUGUCAUCGCAUGUGAAGGAUUCGAAAGGAUUGAGAGGCCAGAGAAUUAUAAGAAAUGGAAGUCAAGAAUCCUGAAUGCUGGCCUUGAGCAGCUCCCACUGAAUCCAGACAUUGUGAAAGUAAUAAGAGAAAUGGUGGGAAAAUAUCACAAAGAUUAUGUUAUCAACGAAGAUGAUCAAUGGCUACUACUGGGAUGGAAGGGAAGGAUACUGAAUGCAAUAUCCACAUGGAAACCUAGUGAGUCAUAUGAUGGCGACAAGACUUAA